AUGGGAAAUACACUUGAACAAAAAGAAGUAAAAACAGUCCAGCCAACCUCGCUUCACAAAAGUGAUUUUAAUUUUCAUUAUGUAAUUGGCAAAGGUGGCUUCGGAAGGGUCUGAAAAGUCGAAAUGAGAAAAACCCAUCAAAUUUUAGCCAUGAAAGAAAUGUAUAAAUUUAGGGUGGUAAGUAAAAGAAGCGUUUAUUCUGUAAUGAACGAAAGGAAGCUUUUGUCUAUCUUAAAGCAUCCCUUUAUUGUAAAUAUGCAAUAUGCUUUCCAAGAUAAAGAAAAUUUAUUUCUUGCUAUGGACUUGAUGACAGGAGGCGAUUUGCGUUUUCAUAUAGGUAAAGUUCGUAGAUUUACUGAAGAAGAAACCCGUUUUUUCGUCGCGUGUAUAGUAACUGGCUUAGAAUAUCUACAUGUGAACGGAGUUAUACAUAGAGAUAUAAAGCCAGAAAAUUUGGUUUUUGAUAAUAAAGGUUAUUUAAUAAAAUGGCAUUCGCAUCAUGGAAUUUUAGUUAUGGGGUGGGCUUUUUUGGAGAAUUUUGCACAGAAACAGAGGUUUAACUUUGGGGAACUGCUCCAAGUGCAUCAAGAGACUUAAAGCUUUUUCUAACCUCAAUAGAAACACGCAGGAGCUGAGUUAGGCAUAGCGAGUGCAACAUGCACCGUGAGGUUUCUGGCCAGAGAUAAGGCUUGUUUCGGAUUCUUGAGUCUGUCUAAAAUAUUAAGUGGCGUCGGAAUUCUCGUGAAGUCAUCACUUUGGACUUUAAAAGGGGGGGCCGCGACCUAGUCACCACUACUAAGCUAAUUGAGACUAAGAUAAUAAAGGUUAUUUAAGAAUAACUGACUUUGGUAUCGCCAAAAUUUUUACCCCAGAGAAUUUCAGAGACACGUCUGGGACUCCUGGCUAUAUGGCACCUGAAGUGAUGUGCAGACAAAACCAUGGCAUUGCUGUGGAUUAUUUCGCACUUGGGGUGUUAACCUAUGAAUUUAUGGUUGGCAGAAGACCAUAUUCAGGGAGAAAUAGAAAAGAAAUAAAAGACGGUAUUAUGUCAAGACAAGUCCAGCUAAAAAAAUCUGAAGUCCCUCCUGGGUGGUCGAUGGAAGCAGCCGAUUUUAUUAAUAAAUUAUUACAGAGAAAGCCGGAAAAUAGGCUUGGAAAUAACGGACCACAUGAAGUGAAAAACCAUCAGUGGCUCAGAGAUUUCCCAUGGAAAAAGCUUCUGGAAAAAAGUUUGGAAGCGCCUUAUAUUUGUUUAACUCCCCCCCCCCCCUCCGUGAGCGAACAAAAAAAUUUUGUUCGCUCACGGAGGGGGGGUUAAUUUUUUUUUUUAAAAAAAAUUUAUAUAUAAAUUUUUAUAAAAAAUAUUUUUUUCGAAAUUUAAAAAAAUCCUAAUUUGCAAAAAUUGGGAAGCAAAUAUUAAUUUAAUUUGCAAAAUUUAUGUUUUAAAACGCAAUUUGUUUAAAAUUAAACAGAAUUAGCUCUAGAUUUCAUUAUACUAAUUAUCACUUAUAUAUCAAAAUUUUUUUCCAUUAAAAUUUUUUCUAUUAAAAAAAUUUUUGUUCACUCACGGAGGGUGGGUUUUUGGUCAAAAAUGGCGAUUUUUCUAAUGGUUUUGUUCGCUCACGGAGGGGGGGGGGGAGUAAGUGAAGAUAAUUUUGACUCAAGAGUUAAUAAUGACUGAAAAGACGACAUUGACCCCUCUAUUCGACAAAAGUCAAUAGAAGGGAUUUUUGAAGGCUAUUUCUUUGACGCAAGAGCUCCGCCAAGGAGAAUGAGUGAUGAAAAAAUCCAAAUCCAAAAAGGGGAAGAAUCUACUGUACAGAUCAGAUAUCAAGAAAACAUCCAAAAAAGCUUUGUAUAA